UUUCUGUAAAUCAGCUGAUGUCCGCGUCAAAACAAUCAACAGAACAAAAUGGCCUCACGCCGCCCUCCUCCCUGACCAGCUGCCACUUCUCACGCCCCUCGGCUCCUCCACACCUGCUGGGAACCUCCCGCAGCAGGAAUGAAAUGGGAUAAGUCACCUUCCUGAGUAAGCUUCAUUUUAGAUGCCGAUUCCCACCCUUAAAUGUCUACCACAGGCAAAAUGUCACGUACAACAGGAGCCUCCACAAGCAAGCAGAAUGGGGGGUCAACACUUUACCAGUGUGAUGUUUGUGGAAAGGACUUUCCUUUUAAGGUUGUACUUGAUAUGCAUAAAAAAGAUCAUACAUUUAAGAAUGUCUUUAAGUGUCAUAUCUGUGGUGUGUCUUAUCCCAAGAAAAGUCAACUGGAUAUGCACUACAGAAAACACACAGGUGAAAGACCAUUUAAAUGUGAUGAAUGUGACUCGUCCUUCAUGAACAGCAGUAACCUGCAACGUCACAAACGUAAGCAUGUUUGCAAGCGGCGCUAUGACAGCGAUGAAUGGGAGGCAGCUUAUACCCUAAGUGAUAAUUUGAGUGCUGAGAAACGAGCUAAAAACAAUACAGAAGAAGAUAACUCUGAAAACCCGUAUACCUGUACAGAAUGUGGUGAAACAUUUUCCAAGAUGAAUACCCUAAUGGUUCACAAAAGGAAGCACUCCGGUGAUAGGCCUUUCUCAUGUGAGGAGUGUGGAGCCAUGUUCGCAGUACGUGCUAGCCUGGAUUACCACAAGCUGAAACACACUGCCGGAGAGUCGUCUUACUGGCAGAAUGUAUGUGACAUUUGUGGCGAAGCGUUUACUUCGAAGGACGGUCUCAUGCAACAUCAGAGAAAGCAUACUGGCGCUAGGCCAUUCAACUAUGAUAGGUAUUUUGCAGCAUUCUCAAAUUCUGGUAAUAGUGCUUCAAUAGAUGGGAACAUGCAAGUUUCUGGACCACAGAUUGGAGUCCAGCAAACAACAGGGCAGCAAGUACCCGGGCAGGAUCAACAGCUUCCAACACAUCAGCUUCACCCAGGUCAACAACACCACCACCACCACCAAAUACAGCAGCUUCCCAACCAACAGCACUAUGCACAACAUAUACAUCACCAGCAACAACAGCAGCAAGAGGAAGGACAAGAGUCAUCAGAGCUCACUCUGCAACUGCACGAGCUGCAGCCAUCGCCUCAGUUACAUCAGAUAGGUCAAGGAGCGUCUCACUUACAGAUACCCUCAGCUCUGGGAGGUCAACAUGGUACUCAGGGGUAUGCAACUCAGGUCAGCCAGGAGCAAGUCGUUCCAGGACCUAUGGGGCCUCAAGCAUUGCCGGUACAACAAACUAACGGGAGAAUGGGAAAUAUGCAGGAUGUUAAUAUCAAGGAAGAACCGCAUGAAUGACUAUCAGUCAUACUUUGUCAGUCAAUUUUGUGUGAUACUAUGUUAAAAUCAUACACAAUGAAUGUUUAACAUUGUUGAUAACUGUAUUAAUUUAAGUUCUUAAUGUUUAGGAACUAUCUUUUAUGAGAACAAUUUCAAUACAGUAUUUUUAUUAUGAAACUGUUAGUCUGACCAUACAAACUCUAUAUCAAUAAUUUGAUUUUCUUCAGUUCUUGAUGUAUUACUGUAAUACAAAAUUAUUGAAAUUUAUAAAACUACUGCUUGCAGGCUUGCCAACUUGAUUAGCCAGAGCAAAGUUUGUUAUAUGAUCUCUGAGUUGUCAGUAAUUUUGUACGUGCACUAAUUACCCCCCAGACAGAAUUAUGUGAAGAUUAAUAAUGUUAAGAAAAGCUAUACUGUACAGUAAAACUGAGAUAAACUGAACAGAUAAACUAGGGCCGUGAUGAGAGUUCAAACCUAUGCACGGGAUGUUCUCAGAAGCGCCUUAGUCAACUGUGCCACAACAUGGUCAAAAGAAUUGCAACCUGGAGUGCUACGGCCCUUGUGGAUUUGUUCAUUUGAUAUACGUAUCACGCUAUUGUGAUUUCUGUGUGAGAUAAACUGGUUAUAUACGAGAGUGGGGAAUAACAGGUAUUGUGGCCUCUUGAAUUCCACUUGUGAGUGGUAGUGCAAAUGCAUUACAGAGGGCACAAAAGGUCUUUAUCAGACCUCAUGUAAUAAUCUAAGAUGAGGUCUGAUAAAGACCUUUUGUGCCCUCUGUAAUGCUUUUGAGCUACCGCUCACAGGAUGAGAAUGGGGUGCACAAUAAACUAGCCGCCUCCGGCGGCAACAAUCAAAUUGAAUACGGUUUACCACUCCAGCACGUAGACAUUUCUGCUUCUCCCACUUUGUGCUGAAGCGGCGGCAUUAAUCCGGAUGUUGUGCCUACAUUGUGCUACUUUUCAUACCUCUUGAUCACUAUAGAGAAGUUAAUUGUUUUAGUUGAAUAGUCAUCAUGUAUAGUACGCCUGUAUACACCUUCUUAAGAAGGUGGUGGUGCAGGUGAUGUAGCUUCCUUACACAAAUGUGUUGAGGGGGGGGGGUGAGUCCCCUGUUAAUACUGAAACACUGAGGUGUAGUGCUCUACAGUAUCCUACAAAUUUACAUGGUCGUCUCACAUUAAAACAAGAGAUAAAUUUUUGUAAAAAAUUACCCACAAGGGUAAUUAUGGGGAAAAGAAUGAUGAACUGAUAAUCUUGGUAAAAAAAAUUUCAGAUUCACUUAAAAGCAUUCUAUCAAAUGGAUAUUUACAUUGUCAGACACAUCAGUGGUCCUUCAAUCAGAUUCACUUACAUUUCCUCUACAUUUCUCAUUUUGUUAUUUCAAAAUUUGAAUCAUAGUACAAUUUUCCUUGAUAAUAUUUUAUUUAUUAUUUUGUUAUUCUGAUUGGAUUCAGGAUCCAAAAAGUGCCGGAACGUGUGGUCGUUCAGCACUUUAUAAAUAUGCAGUAUUUUAAUUCACAUUAAAUAGCAGUUACUUUGAUAUAAGUACAGUACUGUAAUAUUAAAGUACACUUUUUUCCUACAUGUACAGGUUCUUUAGAGUCUAGUAUUUUUGGAUUUUUAUUUUGGCUGAAGUGAUCAGAAUGAUAAAUAUGGCAGAGUUUGCAUGCACCAUCCUUUAAGUGAUGGAAAAUGUAUAUAUGUUAGAAAACAUGUACAGUAUUUUGGUAUGAAGCUGAAAUACAGAACUGUACUGUAAUUUAGAAACUACAUGAUUGCCUAAUGAGCAAAUUAUUUAAGAUAAGUGAUAUUAUUCAUAAUGUAUGUGCCAACUGUUCAUUCCGAGGAAAAUCACAGCACUGUUCAAAAGAGUUCAAUCAUCCGUAUAGCGACCCGCCCGAGUGCAAGAUGUGUAAACUACUGUACAAGUUUAAGCUAUUUGAUAACCAAGAGUACAUGUACUAGGGUUUCAUGUGCUCUUAGAUACACAUGUAUAGUACAGGUGUGUCAUAUGCUCUCAAGGAUACACAUACUCGUACUGGAGUACCAUAUCCACUGCACUGCGCAGAGCGCCUUUAGGCGCUCUGCGAGUUGUGGUAUUUUUUUUAAUUAGGCUAUAUUUUAAUGUUUUUUUUUUAAUGUUUUCAUCACUCUUUGUGUUUGGAAAUGGAAAUGAUUGAGUUUGGAAACAUUUUAACAUUAACUUUACCUGAACAUUUAUAAAAACAACAAAAAUAUGUCCUUGACAAUUGCACUAAGAAGUUUUUGCCAAAACCAGGUGAGCAGUGCAGGGGAUAUGCUCUCAAGUAUUUAGCAGGGACAUUUAUGGUGAGGAUUUCAUCAGAAAUUCUUGACAUUCCAAUUUUUUUUUUUUUUGUUUGUUCUUGAACCUUGCUGUUUUUUGUUGAAAGAUGCAUAUAACUUACCUUUAUGUUAGGUUUAAGGCUGGGUGUAACGUGUACAUCUAUGAAGUGGUGCACAAGUCACCUUGUGUAGCUGAACGCCUGUAGCAAGUAUAUACUGUAUAAAUAGAUAGCAUUUUGUAUAUAGAGACCACUUCAUUGGA